CCGGCCGGAAAGGCACUUGCUGCACCCUGGAGCUUACCUUAGUCCAACCUCGCGCAGCCCCGAUCACCUCUCCCCACGCUGCCGCCCGACAAGUCUGCUUGUCCGUAUCAUAACUCUCUUUCAACCCGACCAUUAUUCUGUCAGCCUCAAGCCUUUCACUUUUUGGGUCAGCGUUCAACAUUUAUCGGACCUUGCGAUCAUCAACCACAUGCUUGUCGCAUGCCGACAGACAAGUGCCUUCCAUCAUUCCCACCCCUCCUCCCCCCCUCAGCUCCCGGCUCAGCUGCGCAUCCCCGGUUGCGCAUCCUGUUUGAGACUGCAAACCCUUCUGGACGAUUGAAUACCGACCUAUAGCUUUGUUUGCCAUUCCUUCCAAUCCGACACCGACACGAUGUGGAACGAUGAGGAUAAUAAUCCCUAUGGCGAGGGCUUUGACCGGAGAGACAGCCUGACUUCCUCUUCUGCCAACCCAGCCUCUCCUACUACUCGUGAGUAUCUGGAUGAUUCUUCAGACAGUACUGAUGCCGACUGGGAGACUCUAGACCAGCGAUUCGACAUCCCUCAGACCCCGUCGACCACAAGCGAUGAGGCGCCUCAGAAUCGCUCCCAUACUCUCGAAGACAGCGAAGCUGAGAGCAGCGAUAAUGAGCCGAUUGCUAGAGACAGAGGCGACCUUGUCCCGCGUCCUAAGCCCGGCGGCUACGAAAGCCGCGUCGAACAGAUCCUCUGGGAGAAUCCGACCAUGACUAUCCUCAUUACUGAUGCAGGAAAGAGCGCGGAGAGCGGUGGAAAAUACAUUGUGUACACCAUUCGGACAGGCAACCUCGAAGUGCGCCGACGAUACUCGGAAUUUGCGUCUUUGCGUGAGGCAUUGACGCGGCUGCACCCUACCCUGAUUAUACCCCCCAUCCCCGAGAAGCAUACCAUGGCCGACUACGCCGCGAACCCUACGAGCGCAAAGCAAGAUCAGCAGAUUAUUGACCUGCGCAAGCGCAUGCUUGCCGUGUUCUUGAAUCGAUGCCGCCGCAUGGAGGAGGUCCGCACAGACGGUGUUUGGUGGAGAUUCCUGGACCCCAAUGCUAGCUGGAGUGAGGUCCUGCACUCUCACCCAGUCGCAUCAGUGCCCAAGUCAGUCCUGAAGGCGCCUCCUUUGGACCCUGCGAACCCCACCCCUGCUCACAACUUCCUUCCUGUACCAUCAACUUCCGCUAAGCUCAAGACGACGGGCGGCCCUGGUGUCGACCCCGGCGCGAUCGCUGGAACUGGAUCCCACGUCUUUGGCCGAUUCCCUCCCGACAGCCACACCCUGAGCGAGCAAGAACUUGACCCCUACUUCAUCACGUAUGAGGCAUCUAUCAAGGAACUGGAGCAGCUGUUGUCGGGAUCUAUGGAGAAGGUCAACCGUCGGACCUUGAGCCACCUAUCUGCACUGGCAGCGGAUCUUUGCGAACUGGGCUCCAAGUUCAAUGCGUUCGCGCUGUCUGAGCAAGCACCCUCUUUGGGCCCUGCCCUCGAGAGAGUGGGACAGGCGGCAGACUCUUCCUACAUCGCUACCGAGGAGCUUUCUGGCUCUCUAGGUGCGAGUUUCGCGGAGCCUAUGCGGGAGAAUGCGCAGUUCGCAGGUGUUGUCCGCAGCGUGCUGAAGUACAGGGUGCUCAAGCGAGUACAGCAGGAACAGACCAGCGACGAACUUAGCAAGAAGAUUGCGCUGCUGGACCAGUUGGAGCGCAGCGAGCAGGAAGCCAAGCGCAUCGAACAGUACCUCAGUAGCAGCCAACAAAUUGCGCCCGCGCCGAAGCGAUCUACGAGCCUUAGAGAAGCGAACUCAUCACACCAGCGCGAGGGCAGCGCCGAAGACACAGCUUCCAUCGACUCCGACUUCCCUCCUACUCACGGCGAGCCGGUUCCCACCGCAACCCAGGGAGUUCCACAGAGGAGCAACUCGACUCCGGGCCAUAAGAAGGCCGCGAGCAGCAACUCAAUCACGAACAAAAUCUUCGGACCGAUUCGUCACGCUAUUCAAGGUGUAGCUGACGUCGACCCCGAGAGAACUCGUCGUGACAUGAUUGGAAAGACGAGGGAGAGUAUCGAGCAGCUUGAGCAGGCCAAGGUGGUUUCUGAGCACGAUGUGAAGGAAGCCAGCGCAAGCAUCUUGAAGGACUUGAAGAGAUUUCAGGGAGAGAAGGAAGAGGACCUGCGACGUUACAUGCUGGCUUAUGCCAAGAGCCAAAUUGAGUGGGCCAAGAAGAACAAGGAGACUUGGGAGGACGCCAAAGCCGAGGUCGCCAAGAUUGACGAAAGACCGAUCCCGACUUGUACUUCCUUCUCUCCCCUUUUGCGCAACACCAGAAAAAAAGGUCCAUCCGCAACCAUGGAUGGCGUACAGGGUCCCCCGCCCGAGGGCCCGAUUGCCUCAAUCGCAGAACCGGGCAUCAAGGCCGACGGUCAACUGCUGUUCGACCUGCGCCGCGAGGUCGCCAACCUUUUGCAUCGCAACCAGACCAGCUUCCCCGGCGCGCAGCCCGUCAGCUUCGCGCGGAAACACGUCGAUGAGCUACGGAAUAAAGACUACUACGUUUGCGAAAAGUCAGACGGCAUCCGGUACCUGCUCUACCUCACAGAAGACGAGGGUCGGGAGAUCCACUACCUAAUCGACCGCAAAAACGACUACUGGUUCAUCAAGAACAGCAGCUUCCACUUCCCGCGCAAGGACGACCUGACCAAAUUCCACACGCGCACCUUGAUCGACGGCGAGCUCGUCAUGGACGACACGGGCAAGGGCACAAAGGAGCCGCGGUUCCUCGUCUUUGACUGCCUCGUGCUGGACGGGCAGGACCUCAUGUCGCGGACGCUCGACAAGCGGCUCGCCUACUUCAACGAGAACAUUUACAAGCCUUACCGGGACUUGUUUAAGCAGUACCCCGAGGAGCGGGAUUUUCAGCCGUUCUUGGUGGAGAUGAAGGCUAUGCAGCUGAGCUACGGCAUCGAGAUGAUGUUUCGCGAGAUUUUGCCAAAGUUGCGGCACGGCAAUGACGGGUUGAUUUUCACGUGUGUGAGUAGUGAUUACAAGCACGGCACCGACCCGCAUAUUUUGAAGUGGAAGCCGCCGGAAGAGAACACGGUUGACUGUCGGCUGCGGAUGACGUUUCCUACGGUGCAGCCUGGCGAAGGGGACGAGGAGGCUGAGGGCCCGUUUGUGGACUACGAGGCUGUACCGCGGGCGGAGCUGUGGAGUUUCAUGGGAGAUGGGCGGUACCAGUUCUUUGACGACGUGCACAUCACCGAGGACGAGUGGGAGGUGCUGAAGGGUCUGGGCGAUCCGCUCAACGACCGCAUCGUGGAGUGUCACAAGGACGACCUGGGCCGGUGGCGGAUUAUCCGGUUCCGCGACGACAAGUCGGAGGCGAAUCACAUUUCUACCAUCAAGAGCGUCAUGGAGAGUAUCGAGGACCGGGUUACGGAGAAGGAUCUUGCGGAGGCGGCCAAAGGGAUCAAGGAUAAUUGGAAGACGAGGAAUGCCAAGCGGUAGUCUCCAUCGUUUGGUUUUUCCUACGUAAGAGGAAGAGGGAUAAGGAAGGAAAGCAGAAGAGAUACCUGGUUGAGGCUCCAACGGGUGCGUGGUUCGGGGGUUGAGGAGCACGGCGUGGGGUGAUGUGUGAGUACUGUACGUGUGCGCGGUUCAGGAUUGGACGAAGGCGUCUUGGUGUUGUGUUUUUUGCAAAAAGCCCCCAAGUUAAGAAACAGAGAAUAUGGAGGGGAGUUCAAAAAAGAGAACGGGGAAGGUGUUGGCCCCUUUCCUAAGCACCCUCGCCAUCCUUCUGCUUCUCGAAGCUUGAGGUUGUCACGCAUUCAUAAGGGAUAGCUAUUUUUUGGCGUUUUCCAGCUUCUAGGAUAAGCGAGGAGAGCAUCACGGUUUCCGGGGCACGAGAGUGUAUCGAGUAUCUUUGAAAUAAAAGAGUAAUUCAUCGCUAGAUUGGACCUUUUUU